AUGGACGCGAUCCCGGAGACGGACGAUGACAGUGCGCUCGAGGCGCCGGUGCCGCGCUUCGUGACGACCGCUCCGCGGCUCAAGCAUGAGACCACGUCGGUCGUCGGUCGUGCCCGCACCAACCUCUUGGCCACGCUGCACGACCACUGUCGGCGGCACGACGUCGCCCACAUGGAAGACGAUCUCGUGCAAUUGAUCGAUGGUUUCUUUGAAGGCCCUCUGUCAUUGGCGGUCCAGGACCGCGAGACAAAGUACCUCAACACGAUGACCGAGGUCUUCCGCGACGAGCUCAAGGAGCGAACGCACACCAUUGCGCGCGUGACGGAGAAAUGCACGCUUCUCGAGGCCCGCAUGGCCGAGUGCGACGCCGUCACCGACGGUCUUCGGUCGAGUUUGGAUCGACGCAGCUACGAGAUGGACGCGCUGCGAAAGGCCCAUUACAAGGAAAUCCUCAUGCUCCGCGAGCUCGUGACGCGCCAAAAGACCGACCCGGCGACACUCCGCGCCCUCGACGAGGCCAUUGCGGGGCUUCAACUGCACCGGCGUCGCAUGGACGCGGCCAGAGCCGAAGAAACGUCGCCGCGCAAGGCGUCGGUCGCAGCCGAUGAGCCGUCGAUGGACGACCGGAUCGAGGGCCUCCAGAAAGAGUUGGAGAAGCGCAAGCAGUCCAACUUUGUGCUGCGGCAAGACCGCGACAAGUGGGAGGAGCGAACGCGCGAAGCCCGAGCGGAGCUCGACGCGCUGCGGAAAUCGCUCUUAACAAAGCCCGACCUUCCCGCGCCACUUUCAACAACAACAGCACCAACAGCACCAACGAUCCCAGUGGCCACGACGCCGUGGUGGGCCGACGGCGCGCCUGGCGGACGCCGUGAGCGCCUCGCGAUCGAUAGCGCAGUCAGCGCACAGACCGUCGCGCCGCGUGACGUUGCAGCGGCCAUGAUUGAAGUCAUGGCGCUGCCCGACGUGUGGAGUCAAGUCGCAACGAUUCUCACCGAUCCCAUGGAGACGUCCAAGGCGGCGGUGCAUCUCUCGUCGCUCGUGCAAACGCUCGCACCCGAACCAGCGCCAGAAGCCAUGCUGGAGGUGCACUUGCCGCCACCAAAGAGCGCGCGGUCUAGCAGCCACGUGCCUUGCCUCCAUUGCAACGGUCUCGGCAUCAUCGACCCUUCGGCUGUGUCGACGACCGUUGAUGUGCACGCCGAUGCGCAGCUCCAGCGUUCGCUGCAGCGGCUGCAAGAGCUCAAACUCGAGGUCGAGCAGCGCCAAGAAGAAGUCACCCAGUUACGCGCUGCCAACACCGCGCUGACGGACCAGCAAACGACGUUGGCGACAACAGUGACCGAGCUGCGUGCGCAGCUGGCGGCGAUACCGACGCGCACGCGCAGCAGUCGCACGACCGAAGCGUCCUCGACGACCGGCGCUUCGCGCGCGCACCCCUCGCUAUCCGUGCAGACGGACGCCGUCGUGGCCAAGGUGCCAAAACACAUCGAGGCUGCGGCCGUGGUGGAUGUGAGCUCCCCCGAGGCUCCGGAUGCGACCCGCAUAGAGGCCCUCGAAGCACUCCUUCGAGACCAGGCUGUCUUGGUAAGCGACCUCCAAGGCGAGUUAUACACCAAAGACGAUAUGCUCCGGACACUGCGAGAGAAUGUGUCGGCCGCCGAGGCCAGUUUGCUCAAGGUUCGCCACGCCUCUGAAGCUGCCCAGCAGCUGCUGCGCGACGAGAUCACGGUACUCUGCGAUACACUGAGCGCUCUGCGCGAAGCCUCGACGGCAGCGAUGCGGGACAAGCAGGCGGCGCUAACGUCGUACCUCACCCAGCUCUCAACCCGUGCGAUGCUGCCAUCAACGCCGCUCCAAACGGCCACCGACAUCGACAUUGCGUCCUUGAUUCCGUGGAGUGACGACGACGCGCAGGCCGAGACUCUGGCGCGCGUCACCGAAGCCGCCGCGCACGAAACCGAAGUCGAGUGGACCGAGCUCCAGCGCGCCUGUGCCGCGAGCCCGACGCCGUGGGACGCUGCCCGCGCUAGCCCAGUCGAGACUAUUCUACCGAGCGAGCUUGAGCUGCACAAAGCGUCGCAUCAAAAAGUGGCGUGCGUUCAGAUGCAGCGUAUUGUCACGCUGUCGUCGCACCUCGCGCGUCUCGCCGGCGAAAUGCUGACGAUGCGAAAACGAUUGCUCGCGCAAGUUGCGUUCUGGAAGACCGAGUGCGACAAGCUCGACCGUGGCCAACAAUGCCUCUUGGCCGAAUUCAACUGCUACAAGACCAACUACCUCGUGCAAGUCGAGGUGCGCAAGAUGCGCGCGGCCGCGGGUCCAAGCCAAGAGACGAGUACGAUCAACGACGACGUUCAAGCGUUUCUUCACACCCUUUCCAGUCGUGCAGCCGCGACGCCUCACGAGGCAUGGACGUGGUUCACCGCCUUGGGCAACACCAUCGCUGCCGCGACCGAAGAUGACACCAAGCAGCGCAGCUUGGAGGCCCUCAAGUCACUCUACAAUGCGUGGACCGCCAAGCGCGAUUCGGAUGAGGCAAUGCAAGCCCAUAGCAAGCAGCGCAAGCCGAGCCAGCGCAAGCCCGAGCCGCGCCAGUCGCGGUCGCAAAACACCUCGCAACCCAAGAGUCCGCGGCCGCCCAAGCAAAUGCCGUAUCCGGACGAGAAGAAAUCGCACCUCGCGCGGCUCGGGCACACGGAAGCCAAGCUCGGGCAUCAGCGCGUCGCGCCGGUUGCCCGUUCUAAAACCGAGUCCAGCGCCGCCUCGCUGACGACACCGUUUUCUCCGGAUACACCGCCAGUGUCGAUCGUGCCGUCAAGGAACGAUCCACGUCUGCUCGAAUGCGUGCUCGAGUCGUCCAUGGGCGCCGAGGCCAUGGAUGACGACCCUCCGUCGUCGCCGCUUUUGCUAGAUGACGUUGUCGAAAAACAAGCCCCCACGACGUCCAUCAUCGUGGCGCUCCCGAUGCUCUCGUCGGCGGUUGUCAGUACGAGUCCAUCCCGCGACAAACCAGCGCACGAGACGCCGCGGAUGCUGCACAUGAUUGACAGCGAUGGACAUCGUUUACGAGAUAGCAAUCAGCUGGAGCAUGAACCAGUGACGGAGCUGCAUACAAUGCUCAACAUUCGCUCCCUUCAACACCCACCUGCCCGCGAAGCCCUCGCUGCAAGCACAAGCCAGCGCGAGCUCCCGUCGCCCGUCACCAUCGAAUUGGAAGAGCCUGCCCACGAGGUACAACCCGAGACGGAGCCACGCUUGGUGGCGCUUCCACCGAUGGCCGACCCCCACCACCACACCAAAGGUCUCAACUACUUGCGGACGCUCGUCCGCGCACGGCGAGACGUUAUGAGCGCACUGAGUGUCUUGAACUGGAGCACGCUUGUGACCCACUCAGCCGUGCGCCGGCUUCAGGCCCGAGUGCUGGAGGGAAGGGCGCAUCAUGCGUACCACCACAACCAGCGUGAUUCGCACUGGUCGGGACUUGUUCACGUGCUGCAGAAGACCCUGCGCACCAAGGAGCGUAUUCAAACGCAGGUGCUAGAGCAGCGCAGCCAGAUGCGUACUCACUUGGACCAGACCAACGCAGCGAUUCUGCAUGCUCUCUCGAGCUUGUUUCAGGACGACAAGACCAUCUCGGAUCCUUCACCUGCGCAUGCUACGAAGGGCCUGAUGCCACUCGACUUGAACCUCGUCGACUUGGGGGCGAUUCCGCCGAGCCAACAAAUUCCAACGCCGCACUACCCACUCCACCCCCAGUACCCGCUCGACCCCUACACGGGACUCAUGUCGGUCGAGCGCGUGGCGCGCGCAGAGCCCACACAGCGCUUUCCCAGCCGGACGCUCAAGUUUCGCUGCGACCCAGCCGCGAGCGAUUUCUCGCUCCUGCAUGUGGUCAAGGCCCGCCACCCGCGCAGCGCCGGUCCGCACGGCAAGGCCGCGCUCGAUACCAAGAGCGCCGUUCGCGUCAGUGCAUUUCGCGUCUCUGAGGCAGCGACCAAAGUCGUCGUGUCUGAAGCUGCGUUGGAGGACAUGAUUCGCAGUCCCGUUUCUCUCGAGACGCCACGUCAUCCCAACCCAUACCGGCCCAAGUCGACACCGUCGUACCGAUCCCGGUUUCUCAGUCGCCAGACCAAGCCCGCGCCGAUCGCGCACCCGGACCCCACCACGUUCUUGACCAAGUGGAAAUAA